UAUUUGUAUUUGUCUAAUAAAUUUUUGACUGCUUUUUGUGUAGUGGUGCAGUUAUAAUUUGAAGAUAAUGUGUUGACUUUAUCAUGUAAAAGGUAAUCAAUAACUAAACUGUUCUUCUUUAAGCAGGAUAGUCAAAAAAGAAAGAGAAAACACUGACAUACCAGCCAAGCAAUGUCUCAAGCUCCAAUGGAUAUCAGCAAUGUGGAUGAACAAUUUUGUGAAGGUCAGCAGCAUGUGGAAAACAGAGACCUGGAUCAGCUGAAUAUCUCUGAGAAAUCAGUACAUCGCUGUGACCACUGUGGAAAGGGUUUUAAGAGAUCUUACUGUCUGAAAAGACACCUCCUUAUCCACACCGGCGAAAAGCCUUUCCUCUGCGAUCUGUGUGGGAAGCAAUUCAGGCACAGUGGACAUUUGAAUCGCCAUUUGUCCAUUCACACCGGUGAAAAGCCAUUCCUCUGCCUUCACUGUGGGAAGCAAUUCCGCCAGAAAGGAAGUUUGAAUCAACAUCUAUACAUCCACACCGGCGAAAAGCCUUUCCUCUGCAAUCUGUGUGGGAAGCAAUUCAGGCACAGUGGAAAUUUGAAUCGCCAUUUGUCCAUUCACACUGGCGAAAAGCCAUUCCUCUGCCUUCACUGUGGGAAGCAAUUCCGCCAGAAAGGAAGUUUGAAUCAACAUCUAUACAUCCACACUGGCAAAAAGCCUUUCCUUUGCCAUCAGUGUGGAAAGCAAUUCCGCCAGAGAGCAAGUUUGAAUCGCCAUUUAUACAUCCACACUGGCGAAAAGCCUUUUGUCUGCCAUCAGUGCGGGAAAAGCUUUGGUCUGAGAUCUUCUCUCAGAACCCAUCUACAUAUCCACACCAGAGUCCCUACAUGUGCAGGGGGUGUGGAAAAAGCUUCAGACCAUUGAAAUCUGUGCAACAUCAUCUGCAAAUUGACACAAGAGAAGAACUUUCUGUUUGGUUCUCAUGCUUCUCCUUAUCUGAGACCAAAGCUUAACGUCUUUAAUA